AUGUCUACACCGCCUAACAACGGACCUGCGGCCAAGUCCAGCAACCCCCUAAAGCGGGUUGAUCUCGACGGUCACGAUCUCCCUCCAUCUCCAGCGCCCUCCAGCCCUCGCAAUGGUCGUCGCCGUUAUGCUCUCGCCACUGAGCUGGUCUACACUGACAGCAAUGACCAGUAUGGCGCGUCCAGCAUUCCCAUCUACCAGUCCGCAACCUUCAAGCAGACCUCAGCCACCGGUGGCAAUGAGUACGACUACACCAGGUCAGGCAACCCAACCCGCACUCACCUUGAGCGCCAUCUGGCCAAGAUCAUGAAUGCCACGAGAGCCCUCGCCGUUGGUUCCGGCAUGGGUGCCCUGGAUGUCAUCACCCGUUUGUUGCGCCCCGGUGACGAGGUCAUAACCGGCGACGACUUGUACGGAGGCACCAACCGGCUGCUCGCAUACCUGUCCUCGAACCAGGGAAUCAUCGUUCACCAUGUAGACACCACCAACGUGGAGAACGUUCGUAAUGUCAUUUCUGACAAGACGGCCAUGGUUCUACUCGAGACGCCUACGAACCCCCUCAUCAAGAUUGUCGACAUCCCUUCGAUUGCCAAGCUUGUGCACGAUGUCAACGACAAAGCCUUGGUCAUUGUCGACAACACCAUGCUCUCACCCAUGCUCUUGAAUCCUCUGGACAUUGGUGCCGACAUUGUGUAUGAGUCGGGUACGAAGUAUUUAUCUGGACACCAUGACAUCAUGGCAGGCGUGAUUGGCGUCAACGACUCGGCCAUUGGAGACAAGCUGUUCUUUACUAUCAAUGCCACCGGAUGUGGUCUCUCGCCCAACGACUCGUUCCUCCUUAUGAGAGGUAUCAAGACGCUCGCUAUCCGCAUGGAAAAGCAGCAGGCCAACGCCCAGCAAAUCGCUGAAUUCCUCCAGUCCCAUGGAUUCAAGGUCCGAUACCCGGGACUCAAGUCCCACCCUCAAUACGACCUGCACUGGUCUAUGGCGCGUGGCGCCGGCGCUGUUCUGUCUUUUGAGACUGGCGACGCCGCGCUUUCCGAGAGGAUUGUCGAGGCUGCUAAACUGUACAGCAUUAGCAUGAGUCAUGCUAGCAUCGAUGCCAAAACCCGGAAGGAGAGGCAGAUGCCGGAAGACCUCAUUCGGCUCUGCGUGGGCAUCGAGGACGUUACGGACUUGAUUGAGGAUCUCUCCCGUGCCCUCGUUCAGGCGGGAGCAGUCAACGUGACCUUGGAGGGAUUCCAUGCCACUGACUCUGUCCAGCAAGCCUGA